GGAGACUAGCCCCUACACCACUGAGCAACAAGAAAAGAUGGCCGCCUUAGUCAGAGAGARUAAGGAGAGGAAAGAGCGUGAAAAGCAAGCCAAGCUAAAGGCUAUCGCAGACGAVCAGGCGGCGAAGAUGAAGAGAUAGGAGGAGGAGAUGAAGAAAGUACAACAAGAGGAGGAAGAAAGAAGAAAAGUUGCUGAAGCAGAAGCGGCAGCAGAAGACGAGAAAAAGAGGAUGAGGAUUGAGAGUGGAGAAGGGAGUAGUAGUGGCACGAUGACGAGGGAGACAGAUACAGGGCUGGAGAAGAGGAUCAGCGAGUGGGUCGCUAAUUUAUCGUUGGGAGAAGACGAGGAGGCGGAGUCCUAUGUGACUAAGGAUGAGAAGGCUGCACUGGCCGCCGAGCUAGCAGCCAUGACAGACCCGAUGGAACGAAGAGAGAGGGAGGAGGAACAAAAGUUAGCAUGGAAGCUGAGGAUGAAGAGAGAGAAGAAGAAGAGGAGAGAGGAAGUGAACAAGAUGACCGCAGAGGUGGCAAAGGUGCAGGAGUGUAGAGCGGAGGUGCUGGCCCAACCAGACGAUAAGGCCAAGUGGGACAAAGUACUGGGGUACUUGGAGGUGUUGAGCAAAGCCUGGAUGGAGGAGCGCCAGGCGAGCUGGAGCCAGAAUGUAGCGUUGAGUGCCAUGCAGUCAGGGUUUAGAGAUUUUGCGCGCGAGUUCGUCACCCAUAUUGAGGGCGAAGUCAAGCAAUUGAGAGAUAAUGUAGGGAAGUUUUGUGAGGGCGCCAUUCAGGGUGCCAAAGCUGUAGCCGCUGCAGAGGGAGAGGCCGGACCCCGUACGGGGGGAAGAAGGAAGAGAACUUUGACAACUGGGAAGCCAGUGUCAACAGUUAUAUUUACUUGCAACAUAUCCUGAUGGAGGAGCAAGUCCUCGUGGCCUUCCAGGCCCUGAAGGACGAAGCGGCUAGCUUCGCCAGG